GGGCCAGAGGUGAAACAAGAUGGAGCUGAUAGAAAAGCUGCCGGCUGAUAAAACCUUGCAGUUCUUUCACAAAGUAGUUGAUGGGAUGUGUGGACGAGCGUACCCUCGAUAUCAAGACUAUAACACUAUUUGGAAUUUGACAGAAUGGAUGGAGGUUCUGGAACAAACUAUGGCAUAUUUCAAAAAUGCAGUUGGCAAAGAUCUCUCGGAUGCAGAGGCCAUUCAGCCAUUGAGUGUGCUGAAUUCUGACUCUCAAAGAGCAGCCAUGACUUGCUUGAAAGGCAGGAAACACGAUAUACGACAGGCCUUGGUUGAAAGAACAAAUGCCAUCUGUUCCUCACAGCUCCUAGAUUUUGACUGGCAGUUAAAGCUUGCCCUCUCUAGUGACAAGCUCUCCGUGCUGCAAAUGCCACUCCUAAACCUUGAUCUGGAUUUGACACAGAAUGGUGACAUCAAGUUGUUCUCCGUAGAAAUGAAUAAGGAAGAGUUACAGAGCCUGAUUAAUGCAUUGGAAGCAGCUAAUAAGGUUGUCCAGCAACUGAAAUGAUGCCAACUAUCUGUGAUACUCUCGUUGAUGGAAAAAUGGACAAAACUACAGGAGUUAUGCUUUUGAACUGCUAAUGUCAGCACAUAAAAGUGGGAGACAAGAAACUUUAUUCACAAGUUUACCAUGAGUCAGACUUUUGAUCUUCAGUAGAUCAAAAUAAAUAGUAAGGCACAUUGUGACUAACUUGUGGGCAUGCUGAAAGGAACAUAGCUUUGUCAGACUGCUGCAGCAUUUAUGAGAAGUUGUGGGCACCGUGUUAAAGAAUUAAUCAGAGAUCUUGAAGACGCCUGGACCUUGUCUUCUCGUGUUUCUAGCAAAGCAGCAAACAAUUACCUCACAGAACUUGGUGCAAACAUUCCUUUUCUGUUUUGCUUGGAAUUUAUAUAAGUAGAUUACAGAGUAGGUCUACAAAACCAUUUUCAUACUUAAUGGCAAAAUGUUUUGAUGUGUUUCCAUGCUGUAGAGGAAAGAUGGCUUGUUAUCCAGAUUAAGUCCUAUUCUUAAACGCAAUAAAAGAUGUGGAUAAAUAUGAGUCUCAGAUUGAACAAGGCUCUGGGAGCACUCUCAGAUGUUUGAAUGCAGAGUAGUCCUUAAUAUA